AUGAAAUACAAAGACGCCCAAUCGCUCGAGUACAAAGCUCAAGUCCCUUCGUUUAUACGCAAAAUGAAGGGUGAGCGAGUGGAAGAAGAUGAGAACGCAGAUGGCGACGUAGGUGAUAUUGAAGAAGUCGAUGAAUUUGGCAGAUCCCGUCAGAAGCGCACAGAGCACAUUGAGCACGAGGAGGAGCAGGACGAGAGUGAUCCUAUCAAAGCGCUUAUAAAGGAUGGAGCACAGAUAGACAAUUUGGAUGUGUUACAAACGGCGGAAUCACCAACGCAGCAGGAAUCACCCAAGAAAACAUCUUCGGUAGGCCAGGAAGGCGUUAACUUUGGCAGCCAGGCAAAGAAACGCAAGACAAUUCUCGUUGAUAACACUUCCUCUCCUCAACUUUCAACUUCAAAACAGUCAAAGAAGAAAUCGAAACAAAAUAAAGGAUUGCUUUCGUUUGAAUGA